GUUUCCUUUUCCGUUUCUCUCUCUUCCCUCGCAAAAAUAUUUCUCGCUUUCUGGCAUCAACUAACAAAUUCAUUAUUCAAAUACACAGCUACAAAAAAAUGGACAAAAUUUCGGUUGGCGUCAAGUCUCAGGACGGAGACACGAUUUUUUUUAAGGUUGCGCCCGAGAAGAAAAUACAAGAAUUGCUUAAAUGUUAUUGUGCAGAAAAGAAUUUUAAAUAUAAGGAGUACUCCUUUCUUCACAAUGGAACUCGAAUCCAACCUACAAAAACUUUCCUUGAGGUUGGCAUAGAAGAUGGAGACCAGAUAGAUGUAAUGGGGCAUCAAGACGGAGGUGGCAACCCAAGGGCUUUUACUACCUAAUUUUGGUGUAAAAUUACUACAUUUAUGUAGUAGAGCUCUAUUAAAAACCGUGGCUUUCUAAUUUUCUUACAUUUGUAACGGAAGUUUGCAAUUUCUUGUGCUGAAUUUUCGACAUUUAAUUAUUUUAAGGUAUUUAUACUUUCGUACUUCAAA